AUGCUUUCGUUGAGAGGUCCAUCGAGUGCUGAGAAGGAGUCUGUCGCUUUCUUCGGUGACAAUGGCACGCUUACACCCGCUCUUCAACCGUUAUCCAAUUUUGGGCACGACCGCACGACAAUCGCGUAUCGACGACGAAUUCGGGUCAAGUUGACAGAGGGCGAUUUUCUGGUGCUUCCCCUCAACCGUGUGCCCGGUAGCCCGCCAUGUCCUGCCGUGGUCGCGUUGUCGCCACGCGCUGCAAACGCCUGCCACUGCAAACAACGGAAAACGUAA